CUGGCACCGGAGCUCCCUCCAAUGACCUCAGCGGCCUUGACUUGAUCCCCAAGAGCUUCCACUGUUUUCCUCGCACCAGCUCAACGGGAGCUACCAGACGAACAGCGAAGCAGCUCGGGGCAACCGAGCCGACAGCAACCAUGAGCUCCGAUUCCCUAGCCAAAGAUGCUGGCGGUGGCGGCAGCGGCAGCAGCAGCAAUAGCAACAAGAAGAUCAAUGAUCUCAUCAGCCGCGGCAACUACAAAUCCAACCCCGUCGGCACCGGCACCUUCAUCGCCCUGCGCGCGCUCGACCCGCUCCUUCAAUACAAGCUGCUCGCGGGCGGAUGGGGGCGCUCGGCGCUCUCGGCGGUCGGCAUACGCGCCGUGUCGCCGCUAGCGCAAGCAGCGACCUCGUCAGCCGUCACACUGGGCAGCGGACUGACGCUCCGUCUGUCGACGGCGCUCCUGCUCGCCAUGGCGGCCGGCAGCUCGGCGAAGCAGAUCUUCUGGGUCGCGGCCACGUGCCGCGAGGAGGUCACACCGGGCAUGGCGGCGUCGGUGUCGGCGUACAACACGGUGGUCAACUCGCUGGCGGCAUUCCUGUUCCUCGGCGCCGCGACGUCGUCUUAUUCGUCGAAGGUUGUCAGGCUGUCGUCGUCCGUCGCGCUGCCGCUGCCCGCGCUGACCGGCGGGCUGCUGUACGUCGUCGGCAUGGCGCUGGAGACGGCGUCCGAGGUGCAGCGCAAGCGGUUCAAGGACGCGCCGGCCAAUGCCGGCAAGGUGUGCACGACGGGGCUGUGGGGCGCUGCGAGGCAUAUUAAUUAUGGCGGCUACACGCUGUGGCGCACCGGGUUCGCGCUGGCCGCCGGCGGGUGGACGGCCGGUCUGGGGGUGGCCGCAUGGCAUCUGUGGACGUUCGCGGCGCGCUCGAUUGUCGUGCUCGACGAGUACAUGGCCGGCCGCUAUGGCGGGCAGUGGGAUAAGUAUAAGACGGACGUGCCGUAUGUGCUGUUCCCGGGCAUCUACUGAUGAUGCGUGUGGGUAGGCUGGCUGUGGGCGGAGCCGUGGCUGGAGUUGGAGAGGAAGGGAGUCUAGUUGUAUUUUUAUCACGUUGUGUCGUAUGCGUGCCGGCGGACGUGCGUGUAUAUAUAUGUAUAUCCGAUCCGCAAAUGGCAGACUCUUGACAGGCACAUUCACUGGCUCUGGAUCUACGCAGUCGUACACGUAGUAUGGGCAAACAACAGCGAGGUAGGUAUCUUGGGUGUGGGUUUAAAUCACAGCUAGCUACCGCCGCCGCCGCCGCCAGCGAUGGCACAUAUCGCGCCUUCCGCAAUGCUAAUCCUCGGCACCAAAGC